AUGUCUUCUCAUACUUCGCCCUCCUCAGAUUCAACCGCUGGUCUCGGUCUUCCUCAAGUGGCCGCCUGCCUCCUCGUUGGCUACUUUGUCUUUCGCUGGUUUUUCAAGACGACAGAUCCAUCGUCUUCGGCAGCCCAGCGCCCCUCACCUGUGGACUCAAGACGACUCCAACAGCAGGUUGAUGUCAUACGUGGAAUGUUUCCUCAGAUCUCGGCAGGCGCUGUUCAAGCUGAGCUCAUCCGAAACGGUGGGAGUAUCGAGAUUACUACAGAGAAAAUUCUCACGAAUGGUUUUCUGCCUGAACCACCCGCUCCUGUCACUCCGGCUCCCGUACCCCCUCCAGCUCAAGUAGCAGCUGCCAGGCCUUCAGUCCCCACACAGCGGCGAGUAGCACCUCCGGCUACAUCUUCGGCGAGUGGGUCGAAUACAAUUCUCUCACAAUAUAGCGACUUAAUUACAAGGUAUAACCUUCAUAACCGUCUUCAAGAAGGAGACGCUUCCGCCGUCGCAGGCCCGGGAGGGAAGGGAAAGGCACCGGCGACCAAGUCGGACCGUCAGUUAGCGCAUCAUAGUAAGCGCGAUGAUAUGAUCCUUGCGGCACGCCGUCGGAUCCAAGAGAUGGAUAGGGUGGCUGCUGGGCAGUCUUAA